UCUUCCCGACCGGCGUCCUGGUUGACCAAUACCUGACCCAGAUCACGCGAGUCAGCCAGUGCCUGCGGAGCAGGGCUAGAACGGGGCGGGGCAUGGUUGCUAGGGCCGAGCCGUGGGGUGCCGCGAGAGGCUCCGAGAGAGACUCGGCGGUUGCUAGGACGGGAGGUCACAGAGCGCCGCUCAGGGAUUGGGCAGCGACGGGAGAGGUGGGUGGUGAUUGGGCGGCGCCCGGGAGGCUCCUGGGUGAGGCGCGGGCGCGCGAGCGGGAGUUCCGGCGGAGGCCCGUGCUGAGGGCUGGCGCCUUCACCAUGGCUUCGGCUGAGCUGGACUACACCAUCGAGAUCCCGGAUCAGCCCUGCUGGAGCCAGGAGAACAACCCCAACCACAGCGGGAAGGAGGUGGGGUCUCGACAGCCUUUGGUGAUUCUCUUGGGCUGGGGUGGCUGCACCGACAAGAACCUUGCCAAGUACAGCGCCAUCUACCACAAAAGGGGCUGCAUCGUGAUCCGAUACACAGCCCCAUGGCACAUGGUCUUCUUCUCCGAGUCCCUGGGCAUCCCUUCACUUCGUGUUCUGGCCCAGAAGCUACUUGAGCUACUCUUUCAUUACGAGAUUGAGAAGGAGCCCCUGCUCUUCCAUGUCUUCAGCAAUGCCGGUGUCAUGCUGUACCGAUACGUGCUGGAGCUCCUGCAGACCCAUCGGCGCUUCUGCCGCCUGCGUGUGGUGGGCACCAUCUUUGACAGCGGCCCUGGGGAUAGCAACCUGCUGGGGGCUCUGCGGGCCCUGGCAGCCGUCCUGGGGCACCGGCCUGCGGUGCUACGCCUGCUGCUCCUGGUGGCCUUCGCCCUGGUGGCGGUCCUGUUCCAUGUCCUGCUCGCUCCCCUCACGGCCCUGUUCCACACCCACUUCUAUGACCGGCUACUCGAUGCAGCCUCUCGCUGGCCUGAGCUCUACCUCUACUCAAGGGCCGACGAGGUGGUCCUGGCCAGGGACGUGGAACGCAUGGUGGAGGCUCGCCUGGCACACCGGGUUGUGGUGCGCUCUGUGGACUUCGUGUCAUCUGCGCACGUCAGCCACCUCCGUGACUACCCUACUUACUACACGAGCCUCUGCGUCAACUUCAUGCGCAGCUGUGUCCACUGCUGAGCUCCUUGCCCCACCCACCCAACUCCUCUCUGCUCCAGAAAUAAAUGCCCCACACCUCCCCACAUCCUCUGUCUGUGGGUGGCAGGGCCCUCUUCUGCUUCAACUCCUGACAGCCCUUUGGGACUCUGGUCCCGCAAGUAGAGAAUUCCCAUUGAAUUUUAGCAGCCUCUGCCCCGGGAACUGUUUCUCCCAGGAUCCUAGGUGGUGGGGGUGCCUGGACAGGUUGCCGUAGAAGUCUCGCUGUGGCUGUGUUUGGACAGGUGCAAGUCGGGCUGCGGAUGGGUUCCUAUAGCUUUUAGGCUGGGAGGGUUAACAGAGUGGGGAGGGUGGGGUUGAUGAGGAGCCCCAGGGUUGAUCUUUAACUUCUUGAAAGGUAGGUGAGCUUUGUGUGGAAGUGCUGGAGGACAGGGUCAGGCUGGUGCGGGGGGUGUGACUUCUGCUCCCGCAGCGUGAAGCGCCAUCUGCUUAGAUCUCACUCGGCAGCUCACUUGGAGAGGCCGCUCUCACCUCACUGCCAGAGAGAGGGGAGCUGAGGGUGCAGCGGUGGUGGGCCUGCCUGGGUCCACCACACUUUGCCAGGAAAGCUGCAGGUGUCUAACAGGCAGAUGGAGUGGGUAGGAAGGGAGCAGCGCCACACAGGAGCUGGGACAAGCGAAGUCAGUAGCCCUGAAGACCAGAGCCAGGGCGAGGACUCCUUCAUCUCCUUGAGACCCCCUUGGAUCCUGUCCAGGCAGGAGAGGUGACUUCAGCCUGAGUUCUCGAUCAUCUCUCAUUCUCUCAGUCACUGCUGCACAAUGCUGGCCCAUAGCAGGUACUCAAUAAAUAUGUUGAUUGAAUGAGCUUACUGUGAUA